AUGCGUGUGGGCGUGGGAGUGCAGUGCUCGGCCCACAGUGUGGGGCUGGCUUAUGAGAGGCUUGUCCUGAAGGUCCUGGAGAGAUAUGGUUUCCAAAUACUUCACACCGGAGGAGCUGGUGAUGGAGGACAAGACUUCAAUGGGUUCUGGCUCCUUCCUCGUGUUCCUGAGCAGCGAGUCCCUGUCCUAGGUCAGUGCAAGUGUCUGGCUAAGGCUGUGGGUCCAGCUGGAGUGAGAGAGUUUGAAGAUGUCCUCUAUAGAAAGUUCCCCGACGUCAGUGCACAGUCAGUGAGUGGCUACAUUGGAGUCAUGGCAAGCAAGAGCUGGUUUACUAGCAGUGCUCUGAGGACAGUCCACUCGUCACGUCAGCCGUUGCUGGUGUGUCAGGUGCUAUCAAGAGGAGGGCUGAUUCGACUGGUACUUAACAGAGAGGGUCAGAGGAUCCUUGGGGAUGUACAACUGGUGUGGAGGGAGGGGAUAGGCCUGGCACUGCUAGUGGACAAUCACCUGACUCUGUUCUAAGCACACUGUACAUGUCAAUUGCAACAUUUUACUUUUGCCAUUGGAUUAACUUUCACUACAGCCUUGGUGUUGUGUGGAGAAAUUGGUUCUUUACUCCCUCCCUUG